AUGGAAGCACUAGUUUGUUGUUCUCUACCUUCCUUAACCACUGCAAAAUCCAGGAACAUAGUUACAAAGAAUUCUUGCUCCUUAACAGUGCGAAAAACCAGUGAUUUAUCAGUUAAGAAUUCAAGAACAAGAAGAAAAUCAAGGACAUGUGCUGUGUCUGUGAGUGAUGUAACCACAGUACUUGAUCCAGCUCCAGUGGAGAUUACAUGGCAAAUUGUUGUUGGAACUAUAGCUGGAGUUACACCUUUUGUGGUGGCAGGGAUUGAAUUCAGCAAGAGAAUUAUAGCUCAAAAAGAAUGUGAGACUUGUGGAGGGUCAGGACUUGUUUUUAGAGAAAACAACUAUUUUCGUUGUCCCGAAUGCGAUUUUGGCUAUUAUGGUGAACAGACUAUCAUGUAUGGCACCUCACCAAGUUUUAGGUGCAUCAAAGGUCCAUAUUUCUCUGCCAAUUAUUUGAACCAGUGGUGA